GGUUACGGUGGCUAUCCGUCUCCUUCCCAAUCAUAUGGCUCUCCGCAAAUGCAAAACUCGGCAUACGGAUCGCCAUAUCCUCAAUCGGCGUACCCGCAACCUCCUUCGCAAUACGGUCAACAACAACCGUACUCUGCCCCUCCUUACCAAUCUACAUACGCGCCUCCCAGCGGCCCGCCUCCCGCUGCCAACCCUCAAUCCCGUCCUCAAAGCGGUCAAUUCGCUCCUCCUUCGGGACCUCCUCCCGGUUACCCCGGUGCUGGUGGAGCGCCUCAGCAGCAACAAUACGGUCAGCCUCCUCAACAGCAGCAGUACGGCCAGCCGCCUCAACAACAGCAGUAUGGCCAACCUCCUCAGCAACAGCAGUACGGGCAGCCUCCUCAGCAGCAACAGUAUGGACAGCCUCAACAACAGCAACAAUACGGUCAGCCGCCCCAGCAGCAGCAACAGCAGCAGUACGGCGCACCUCCUCCUUCUGCCGGAGCUGGAGGUGCGGGUAACACUGGAAACGCUGGUUUCCUGAAGACCGUCUUGGAGCAGUGUGUCACUGACCAAAAACUCCAAGGAUUUUACCCUCCCGGUUCGGGCACUUUGGACAUGAUCGCCGCCAAGGUCGCUUCCUCCGGAGCUCUUCAGAGGAUCGCUGAUCAGUGGCGUAUGCCUCAAGAGCUUGCUACCGAUUUGGUCAAGCUCAGUCUGUACGACGUUGUCCUCUACGUUGACGACUCUGGUUCCAUGGCCUUCGAGGAGAACGGAGAGCGAAUCGACGAUCUGAAAGCAUUGAUGGGCAGGGUCGCUUAUGCUACUUCGUUGUUCGACCAGGAUGGAAUUUCCGUCCGAUUCAUGAACUCUCGGAUCAACGGAGAUGGCAUCAACUCGGAGCAGUCCGCUCAGAACUUGGUUUCUCAGGUCAAAUUCUCUGGCCUCACCCCUCUUGGAACGGCGCUUGAUCAGAAGAUCAUUCAGCCUAUGAUUUUGGGACCCGCGAGGAACAACGCGCUGCAGAAGCCGGUCCUAGUUAUCUCGAUAACGGACGGCAGCCCAGCUGGGGAACCCAAGGAACAGGUCUUCAACGUAAUCAUGAGGACCAACCAAGAGUUGCAGCGCACCAGGUACGGACCUGGAGCUCUUGCUCUCCAAUUCGCCCAGGUCGGAAACGACGCGAAGGCCGAAGCCUUCUUGGACGAACUCGACAACCACCCUGUUGUCGGUCCUAUGAUCGAUCAGACCGGUAACUACGAGGCCGAGCAGGAGCAGAUGAUGCGCACCACUGGAAUCGAUGUCGAACUUUUACGUUUGCAGUUGUUGCUCGGAGCUAUUGAUUCGUCUUACGACACCAAGGGUGAGUUCCUGGCCUGUUCACAUCGAUCCCGCUUUUCUGGAGACGGUUUACUGACCUCCAACGCGACAUAGACGAGAAAUAAACAAGAUAACGCAACCGCGCUAGACAAUGUCUUUCCAAUUGCCAUUUCUUUCUUCAUCUCGUGGAGUCUAUAUUAAGUAUGCAAGUAUGUCUAUACCUGAACGUGGUGAUAUUUGUCGAAAUGAUAAUAUGAAAUGAGCGAUCGAUGUUUG